UUUUUUUUUUCUUCUCACACCAGCUUUUUUUCUUUCCCCCCUCUCUCUCUCUCUCUCUCCCGUCGGCUUGGGGUCGAGAAGAUAAAGCUUCCUCGCUCCUCUGAUCAUAACAGGUCUGGUGUCACUGGAGCGCCUCUCCGCGGGAGAACAGUCCGAGACGUGCAUCAUGCUGGACGGCAUAAAAAUUGAAGAUCAUCCCCUGCGAUCGGGACAAGCCACGCUCGGAGUCAUGCUCGGCUCUGAAUGUCAUCAUAGAUCGGUGUGUGAAGGAUGCCAGCGUCCCAUCUCCGACCGCUUCUUGAUGAGAGUCAACGAUUCCUCAUGGCACGAAGAGUGUUUGCAGUGCACCGUGUGUCAACAGCCUCUCACCACCAGCUGUUACUUCAGAGAAAGGAAACUUUACUGCAAACACGACUACCAACAGUUGUUUGCUACCAAGUGUAGCGGCUGCAUGGAGAAAAUCGCCCCCACAGAGUUUGUGAUGCGGGCUCUGGAGUGCGUCUACCACCUGAACUGCUUUUGCUGCUGCGUGUGCGACCGCCAGCUGAGGAAGGGUGACGAGUUUGUCCUGAAGGAGGGUCAGCUGCUCUGCAAGAUUGACUACGAGAGGGAGAAAGACUUACUCAGCUCGGUCAGCCCCGAUGACUCAGACUCAGAGAAAAGUGACGAUGAGGAGUUGGACAUCAAGCCAGAGAAAGGCAUAGGAAGCCAGGGGAAGGGGGACGAUGGGAAGGAUCCAAGGAGGCCCAAAAGACCACGAACCAUUCUGACCACUCAGCAGAGACGGGCCUUCAAGGCCUCCUUUGAGGUCUCCUCAAAACCCUGCAGAAAGGUGAGAGAGACGCUGGCUGCAGAGACGGGACUCAGCGUUCGGGUGGUCCAGGUGUGGUUUCAGAACCAGAGAGCUAAGAUGAAGAAGUUGGCAAGAAGACAGCAGCAACAACAAGAACAACAGAAUUCUCAGAGACUUGGCCAAGAGGUGAUGUCUAAUCGGAUGGAGGGGAUGAUGAACUCCUUUACACCCCUGGCUCCGCCGCAGCAGCAGCUGGUCGCCAUGGAUCAGAACGGUUACAGCACAGACCCGUUCCAACAGGGGCUCACCCCCCCACAGAUGCCCGGGGACCAUAUGAACCCAUAUGGUAAUGAUUCUGCAUUCCAUGACAUAGACAGCGACACGUCUUUAACCAGCCUCAGUGACUGCUUCAUGGCAUCGUCGGAAGUCAACUCCAUGCAGGCCCGCGUGGGGAACCCCAUCGACCGCCUCUACUCCAUGCAGAACUCUUAUUUUGCGUCAUGAAAAGAGAAGAGCGAAAGAGAAUGAAAGAAAGAAAAAAAAACGUCAGCACAGAAUAAACUGCCCAUCUCAACCUGAAGCGCGACGGCCUGGAGCUUCUACACUAGCACGGACAUGACAGAAGAAACACCUCCUUGCAGUAGCUCCUGGUUAUGUGCGGAAGCUUACUCAAAGAUAGUAAAACCACUUGUUGUAGGACAGUGAAGAUUCCUGGGGAAAAAAAAGACUUAAAUAUUGGUAGAGAUUACUUGGUAGGAUUGCUUAUUUGUCACAGGAGAUAUUACUCUUUUCUUUGUUCACUUAAAGAAAACAAGUAGAUAUUGAAGCCACUGAUUACACACUCUCGAACCAAAUAACACAGUGAAUUUAUACAGUGCAUGAUCAAUUGUAAACUAAAACUUUUUGUAAGCCCCCCCUGGUUAAGAUGUGGUGUUUGGACUGUUUCUUCUUCACACUACAUGGACUCCCAUGUUCACCGUUAGCAUUUUGAUCACUUUCCAUAGGUUUAGAUAUCGUGUUAAUAGUAAAUAGGUGCAGCAUGUCUGCAAGAGUGACUGUACAUUUGUGUAUGUAUGAGAGCUUGUGAUGAGAAAGAAUUGUUUAGAGGAGAAAAAAAAGCAGAGCAUUUGAUGGACAAGUAGGAUCAGUGAAGUGUAAAUACUUUCCCCAGGCAAAUUGGAUGUGCAUGUUAAAAAUGGAAAGCAUUCUAUUUAUUUAACUAUAACAGGCUCUUGAAGGUACAUAUUAAAACUGAAAAGCUUUAUUUAAAAGGAGAGCAUUUUUUUUGUUGAGCAAUUAGUGAGUUCCUGAGUAUCACAACUCAUCUGUAUACCUUUUCAAUAUGAAGAUUAACCCUUUUGGUUUUUUUUGUUUUUGUUUUUGUUUUUGUUUUUGUUUUCUUCAGCCAAGCUGUAAAUGAGCAAAGUUGCUAUUUAUUUCGUACAGUCCAUAAAACUUUUGUUGUCAUUGUCAUUUGUGCAUUCUCAAAAUGUUAAAGUUGCUAAUUGACCAAAGUUGACUGGUUUGAUGAAUAAACAAUGUCUUUCUCCUGAUAACAUUAAAUAAAUACCACCAGUGACCAUUCACAUGGAAACACUU